AUGUUUAUUAGAAUCUCUGUGCUAUUAAUUUUCUGUUUUUCGUUGAUAAAUUGUGCAAAAAAGAAACAAUACGAUCAUCGAGAGGUUUUUGGUGAAAAUUGUGUGGAGAACAGUCACCGACCGCUGCUGAAAGCCUAUCGAGAAUGGGUGGGUGAAUUUCAAAAAUACGGCUGGCAUCCGUACUACGUUCACGGAAACGCUCUCAACUAUGCGAAAGCGCAAACGGGAAUCACACCACCGGAAUGCUUUCAAUUGUCCAAUGUUGAUGGAAAUGAAGUGUCAGAA